UUUUUAUUUCAAAAAUUUUAUUGCCAAAUAUGGGAAAGAAUUGGCGAGGAAGAAGUUCGAAUACCUUUAUUUUGUGCCUGAUAGUUGCUUUAUAUUUGAUGGACAUGAAUUAGUCGAACUAGAACCUAAUGAUUUCCAAUUGAGCAAGCAACUUGAGGAAAAGUGGAAACGCGGAAUAGAAGAGUCAAUUCCAAUGUUUUUAACAUUGACUGAAUUUACAGACAUGGAAACCGUUGUUUGUGAAUUUAGACAAGAUAAUAAUUUAUACUAUUCGGAAUUGCCAUGGAUUCCAAAAAGUAUAGAGGAUAUGAAAAUUGCUCGUUCUUUAUUCCAACUACUUUUUAACUGUGUUUUCACAAUUUUUGAGAUUGAUUUUACUGUAAUUAAUCCACAAAUGAUCAAAUUAUUGUUUGAUGAAGAUAAAACAAAUAUGCCUUUACAAAUACAUUCACAACAAGUCGAUCUAAUUCUUUACGGGAAUCAUGUUUUCGACUUUGUUUUGAAUCAUCUGAUUUCUAAUGAAUUUAGAUUCGAUAUUGGAUGUGGAAUAGUAUAUGAUUUGGAAAAAAAUUUGGACGUUUUAUUCAAAAUUGUGGUGAAUGGAGGAGAAAGCAAAUUUUCCACGAUUAUUUGUUCAUUUAUUGAUUCUAAAUUUUACAAUUUUAUUAUGGAGGUUUGUAAAUUAUUAUUAAAAUAA